CGUAGCGGCUGUACGUGUAAUGAUCAUUCCAUCCAUUCUCCAAAAAUACAGCACUUCGUCCAGGUUUAGUUUAUACAGUAGUUAAAAUGAGAAAUGUACGUUCGUUUUUGACAGACAUGAGCCUACUAACAUCUUGAGCCUCGGUUGUUAGAAUCCCUGAUAGAGUUUAGUUUGGUAACUGAUGGCGUUGCUGUAUGUUGUUGUGGUGAGUCUAGUGUUAUUAACAGUCAUCAUUUUACGAUUAUUUGGGAUUUUGCGACAUGGUUCUGAAUAUAAACCCGGACAGAAGGGCUCUGUGUCAGUCCUGGUGGUGGCAGGAUCAGGAGGACACACAACAGAAAUCGUCCGUCUGAUGGGGAGUUUAUCUCAGUCGUAUAACCCUCGACACUAUGUGAUCGCAGACACUGAUAAAAUGAGCGAAGAGAAGAUCCGAACAUUUGAAGCGGAGCGGGAGAAAAGCGGUUUACCAUCGCAGUUCACCAUUCUCCGGAUCCCUCGCAGUCGGGAGGUGCGUCAGUCGUGGAGUUCCUCUGUUUUGAGUUCCCUCAGCGCUCUGAUGUCCUCUGUCCCGCUGGUCUUCAGGCUUCAGCCGGAUAUGGUGCUGUGUAACGGUCCAGGAACGUGUGUCCCACUGUGUGCCGCUGGGUUGCUCCUGGGCAUCCUGGGCCUAAAAAGAGUCUUGAUCGUCUAUGUGGAGAGCAUCUGUCGUGUGGAGACGCUGUCUCUAUCCGGAAAGAUCCUCUACUACUUUUCUGACUACUUUUUUGUGCAGUGGGCACCACUAAAAGACAAAUACCCAAAGGCCAUCUACUUAGGGAGACUGGUGUGAUCCCUUUCUGUCGACUUUUUCACUUUUGUAUUGAGAAUUCCAUUACAUUUUGAUGCUGUUCUUCAAGGUGAAUUCAUUCCUAUGCCGUUACUGACGUGCUGAAUACACAACUAUGACAACUAUCUCUGAGUUUUGUUUUUUUACGCCAAACACACAUGAUAGGCUGAUGAGAUGUCCUGUUCUACCUUUUACGCCUUUGAAGUCAACAAAACUAAACCAAGAGAAGUUUUUACACAUGCAGGUGCUUCUAUUAGCACUUAUAGUUUCAGUGUUUUCUUCAUGCACCACUUCAUGGAAAACAGUAUUUGGCUUUUGAUCAAAGGUUUGUCCUUUUCAAGGUUAUACUGUCAUUCAGAUAAAUAAAAGACUUGUCUUAAAUCUA